GUGAUUAUCGUUUCCCCCAGUUUUGGCUGUCGUCAUAAUUUUUUUACCCACUUCGAAAUGACAUCGACUCUCUCCUCUAAGCUCACGACCCUCUCGGAAUCAAACAAAACGAUCAGCACACUCGUACAUCGCCUUGGCAAACUCAACUUCCAACCUGGCUCAACUCCACUACACGGAGACGAAGGUGACGUCCGGGUUGAAUUAAGUUCAGAAAUCCACGACAACUUAAAGCAACAAGAAGAGGAACUCGAGCUUCUGAAACAAGAAGUAGAAGACGUAUCAGCAGGUUCGAGAGCCCCUAAUAAACGAAGAGAUAGUGAAAAGAACCGUGACAAAGCCCGACUGGUGGUGCAAGUUGCAAGACUCGAAGAGGAUCUCAAGAAUCUAAGGAGCCAAUUCAGACAGGCACAGCUUCAAGCAAAGAGGAACGCGGAGCAAGCUAAACAGAAGGAGCGCCAACUACUAUUUUCAGGAAUCAAGGAAGGCAAUAUAACGCCUAAAGGUAGCCGAAAGCGAGGACAAGAAAAACUAUCUGCAGACGAUCUUCUUGUAGGCUCGUCCAGCGACGUGACAACAGCACUGCGGCGAACACAUCAGUUGAUGAGAUCGGAACUCUCACGCUCUAGAUUUGCACAAGAGACGUUGGAAGAAUCAACAGCGGCACUUCAGGAUCUUGGUGAGCGGUACGGAUCUCUCGACGACCUUCUCUCGACUUCAAAGAACCUUGUCGUAACUCUUCUCAAAUCACAAAAGAGCGACACUUGGUAUCUUGAAACAGCUCUUUACAUUCUCAUUACAACUAUUGUUUGGCUAGUCUUCCGACGCUUUCUAUACGGUCCUCUCUGGUGGUUUGUCUGGCUUCCGGUGAAGCUAGUAUACAAAGUUUUUUAUUUUGGGGGAUCGUCGCUGGGAUUGGUAGGCAGUGCAACAACAACGGCGAUAGUAUCAACAUCGACACGCAAACCACUCAUUAUCAAGCCAAGCGCUACGGAUCGCCCGCCGCGACGAGUGCAGGACCAACAGAACAUAGAGUACUAUCGAAGGGGAAACGGUGGUAUAGCUGUAGGUGCAGGAGGUCGAGGAGCAAAAGUAGCCCCCAGUGAUCCCAGUCCAGACGGAAGCAUGUCACAGAAAGUAGGACAGAUGGCCGAGGCUGCUAAAGCGGCCGUCAGUAGUAACAGCCAGGAAAAUAAACCAGACGACCCGCAGCCAAAGCAAGCAGAGAGAGGCGAUGGACAAUCCCUCGAGGACACUGACAAGCCCAGGAAUCCUAAGAAGCGUAUGUUCGAGGCCAACGUGGAAGACGACAAACAUACUAAAAAGGAUGAAUUAUGAUCGACGCUGUUGUUUAUCAUAUGCAGACUGUAUCGACCCCAUGUCCAAACAUUAUUACCAAUUCCGCUCCAUGAUAGCUGUACGUUUUAAGCUGUUCAUUCUAACGCAACUGA